AUGUGUGGUUUACAGACGAAAUACACCACUCCCGCUGGCCAAGAUCUGAGCAAUAUGCCCUACGACCCUGAAGCGCCAUUAGACGUUCAGAUACGCACAUCUGUCGCAUCCUCACUCAAGAAUUUGCGACAUGACCAGAAACCGGAAGACGACUCAUACAUUGACUGCUUACUUCUUCAUUCGCCACCACCCACCAGCGAGCAAACACUGCAGGCUUGGCGGUCGCUGGAGACUUAUGUGCCGCACAAGAUUCGUUCCCUCGGUAUCUCGAAUGUCACUCUUCCCAUCCUCCGAGAUCUGUGGCUGCGUGCCAAGGUCAAGCCAGCAGUGGUGCAGAAUCGCUUCUACCCUGACACGUACCACGAUGUAGAGUUGCGUGAAUACUGCCGAUUGAGUGGCAUCAUGUAUCAGUCAUUCUGGACUUUGACCGGUAAUCCUGUUCUUCUCAAGUCAAAACCGGUUGCCGCUUUGGCCGAAGCGACGAAUGUUGGAUUGCCCAUUGCGCUCUACGCUCUCGUCAUGGAUCAAGGAAUUGUGGUGCUGAAUGGGUCGACUUCGACUGAACAUAUGCGGGCGGAUCUGGAGGGUAUUCAGAAGGUGCGCGAGUGGGCAGAGUCGAACCAGAAGAAGUUCGAGUACAUCAGGGACGACUUCUCUUACUUAGUCGCAUGGUGA